AUGUACGCCGCUCAGAAUAUAACGCCAACAGUUUUGGAUGCCAUGAACGGAAAUGUUUCCGAAUGGUAUAACGAAUGCGACAAUGCCAUUAGAAGGUCAGAAAUAGUUCCUGGAACUUACGAAUAUACAACUGCUGUUUCUUAUGGAAACGUAGGUGAGUUUGGAGAAGGUUCUUCAACAACAGUAGAUAUUGCUUGCGACAGGUUUCAUAUUAUUUCUAUUGACAACUCAUUCUUAUACGUGGAACAAGACAUUGAAAUAAAACCUUCUGCCAAGUUGUCUGACAAGAAAGGUUGCAAUGGAAUUUUCUAUGUCGGAUACCAAUAUGCUCCAGAAGUUUUCAUGGGAUAUAAGAUAUAUUCUAACUCUGACUUAGUUCAAACAGUAACAUGGGCAAACUAUGAAUGGUUCGCUUUGAGAAACUCAGUACAACCACAAGCUAGAGAACAAACAGACCAGUAUGCAAAUAUUGAGAAAAUAAGAAGACUUGACCCUAACGUUCCAGGAGUUUAUGUUAACCUUUCUGGUUCAGAUGGAAAUGCUGCCACUAAAGUAAAACUGAAACUUAGAGUUCCUUUGUCAUCUUUCCUCAUCUUCAGGUUUUUAAGAUACUUGCCAAACUGGGCAGGAAAAAUUUCUAUCGAACUUACUCCAAGCAAAAAUAACUUAGUCAUUGCACCAACACAAGACCCAUUCACUAUUACAGACGUAAAGGGAACAAAUCAAACGUCAUUCGCCGAAUUUUGCAAAGACAAAGUUGACUUAGACUUUGGUUUCUCAAACUUCAACAAUGAAGUAAACUAUUAUUUCAAUGCUGCUGGAACUGCUUGGGACCCA